GCGAUAAUGGUUUAAUCAUGACCGAUGAUUCCGAUAUGUCUUUGCCAUUCUGAUGAAUAUUUCUCAUAUUGAGGGAAUAAUUCGAGAAAAUUUGGGGACAUAAUCGGUUAAUUAAUAUGUAAAAAAGAUGAAAAGAUGCGGUAAGAGGAUGCCGGAUUUGUAGUAACGGGGCUUUAUUGAACACACACGUAUAAAGUAGAAUGUCUCGAUUGUAUGACGAAUGUUAGGAAAGUUCCAUCGAUUGACUCGAAAAACCUCGUGAUUCAUCGCGGUCGGCGAUUUAGUUGUACGUUGAAAUCAAAGAGGGCUGAGAGAGAGAGAGAGAGAGCGCGCGUCGCUUGCGUUUCGUAUGUUCUUUAUAGCUGCACUUCUGAACUAGGAGCGAUAAGUUGUAGCGAGACAAGUAUAUGCUUUCUCACUUCAACUUAUUGCACCAGUUCAGCGGUGCAACUAUAAAGUACAGACCCAUUCGUCUUGACUCCAUUGCUUACACAUUAAUCCCGUCUGCGCGUUCAAUAUCUUUCCCCGGCGCCUCUGUCAAGAUUUUCGUCGCUGUUUACGACACACGGAAAUCUUACAAAAUAAUAGAAAUAGCAAGAUACUUAGAGACAGACGUAGAUGGGGGGGAUGCACAAGAGGGGAAUGCUGAAGAGCCAGUCGCAGUUAAAUCGGAAGAUCUUAUGGAAGUAGAGGAAUCUCACUUUGUGGAAAAGGAUAUCGCACAGGAUCCCCCGGAGAACUUUGCCAAGGAAGAUUCCGCAGACGAGGACAUACCAGUACAGCCGAAGACCUAUGAGAAAAUGAAAGAGGGACUUCGAUCGCUCGUACCGAAACAUUCGACGAGAAUGGAGAGCGAUUCUUUUUGUUACAGUUUCAUUAAACUGUUCCUUUUCUUGUUAAUUCCGCUAUGUGUCAUUUUCGCCUCUCUCGUGCUUCGUGAGCAGAAUUAUCAGCACAGUACCGUUUUCGCGAAUAUCUCAGUCGAACUAAAGAAGCGGGUCUACGGUCAAGAUCAAGCCGUGGAAGCUGUGGGGAAGUAUCUUCAGUUGGAUAAGCCUGUCUUGAAGAUGAUGGCUCUCGUGGGCGGUACAGGCGUCGGCAAAUCGUACACAACUCAGAUUAUAGAAAGCAACUUUCCGAUAUACUCCAUCCGUCAGUACUUCUCGCCGAUCAGUCUAACCAUGAACGAUGUCGGCUUCUCCUUCUUGUAUCCGAAGCUAAUCGUCUUGGAAAAUCUGAAGGAACACGACCUGGCGGACGUCGUCAACUUCCUGAAGAUGAAUGAUAAAGUGGAUGUCAAUCAGUACAUUACCGUGCUGGCCGUGUUCAACGUCGAGCGCAUGGACGACGAUUUACUGCGAAAGAUAGAUCUCGAUCAAAGCGCGAAGACGAUAAGGGAUUCUUUCGCCGGCGCAAAUCUCGACGUCAAGGUGAUCACCUUCGAGCUUUUGGGCGAGGACGUGUUAGAGAAGUGCAUCAUCGACGCGGCGCGUGUCAGCGAAAUUACGCUUUCCGACGACGAUUUCGAAUCUGUCAAGCAACAGUUGGUGACAAAUAACGCUGGUUGCAAGGGGGCCUACAGUAAAGUACAGGUUAUUGGUAGAAAAUAAGAAGUUCGGUCUCACGUGGUUCGUCGAAAGGCAGGAAAUGUGAUAAUGCGAUUACGACUGAAGCGAGAAUACACAAAUACAACACUACGAGAAUAUCUACACGUUCGUAGCGUCUAUUUUUGACACGUUAUUAUUUUACUUGCAACACGGAAGAAAGAGAAUUAACUCCCAUAGUUAAAAACUAGCUACUUAUAUGGUGCAACCGAAAUUUAGUUAGACCUCGUUUUUUUAGCUGUGGGAACGAAUUUUUAUAACUAUACUCACGGCUAAAAGCUAGGUCUGGUAUAAUAACUGAAUUUCAAUUGUAUAUGUAGACAGCUAUGAGAGCUAAUUCUUUUUUUCCGUGCACGACUAGUAGUCAUAAGAAUUAGUUGCGAUAGGUAAAAACUAGAUCUAGUAAUUAUAUUUCAGUAAUAUUAUAUAGUUAGCUAGUUUUCAGCCAUGAGAGCUAAUUCCUUUUUUUUUUUCGUAAACGUAUUCCGAUGGCAUUAAGACUACGUUCCUAUCGCGAACGAGCUAGUGAGCGAGCGUGUAUGUUCCGAGGUCCGCGACUGAUUUCAUUGAAGCGCGUUUCCGCGUAGGUUUCAUCAGAUCGUCGUUCGGAUUCGCCGGUUUCCAAAAAAAUAAUUCCCCGAUAAUGAGCGCCGCGAAAAGGAGACGAGCGGCGCGCAUUGAUUUCAUUUCGCGGUGAAAGCAUAAAAUUCGCACAUCCGUGUCACGGUACGUUGGUAGAGAACGCGCGAUGAAAUUUCCACGUGCAUCGCUUCCGGAUCAUCGUAGGGAAGACGACGUGUUCCCGACGCAAUUCACCGCGAGAGAUGAUCACGGGGUGCGCUUCGUACGUAUCCGGCGAAACCCGGUAAUCCGAAGUGGUUACGCGCGGUUAGGCGAAGUCACGUUCAUUAAGGUUACUUCUGGGUAGGGAAAUAUGUAAUAUCUAGGACUCUACUUAGGAAGCUAUCGUCCUCCCCUUUUUCUUCCGUCACCUGUGCAAUCGCACUUGGACCCGUGACGAUGUGAGUGACCGCGGCGCCUUGCGUGUGGAAGCUUCGUAAUGACACGCGACCGGACCAUAAACGUUACAGCGUCUGGUUACGUUGUUACCGGCGAUCGUUCUUACACAAGCAUGAAAAGUUGCUCGAUUUCGUAUUGCUUUUCAUUUACUCUCUCCCCCUUCCUUCGUAAUCACAUAAUAAGUAAUUAUCUCGUUUGAUUUAACUUUCGAGGUCGGUUUCGGAGAUCAAAUGGUCGAACAGUCGGGGAAGGGCUGUGCUUUUUACACCCAACAUAUACAUAUAUAUUAUUUAUAUGCAUAUAUAUAUAUAUAUAUAUAUAUAUAUAUAUAUAUUCCUCAUAUGUAUAUGUAGAUUAAAAUAGGAUUUUUAAUGUACAAAUGUAAUAGAUUAUAAUUUUUCUCGUGAGUCCGUUAAAAGACUUAAAAGCCGAAAGAUCAGCCUUUUUGAUGAUGCAUCGAAUAUCUUGGGUAUAUUAUAGGUUUAAGGAAGAAUGCCAAAAACGAAGCGAAGAACUCGAAACAAAUGUUUUAUUCUUACUUGAAGCAUCACAAAAAUUAACAACUAUAUCGAUAUCACUGCCAUUUCGGUAUAUGCAGAAACAUAAGUUUCUGCUUUUAGUUUUAAACUUUUUAGUGAUACAUCAAGCUUCCGAAGUUGGAAUUUCUCAAAACCACGUUGCUCAAUAUUUUUCCUUUUUUUUUUCAAGUUAUAUAAGUAAUUAGUCGUAAUUAAUAGAACAGAAGUGCCUAACCUAUAGUUUUGUAUUAAGUAAGUUUCUUUAAUAAAUAUAAAGGUUUGUA